AGAGAUCUACGCACCACACAACACCAGCUAGCGGCCGUGGGGGUAUUCAACGACGACAAGCGCCCUACGUCGGGGACGCAGUACACCUGGUCAUUGGCGCCCAUGCUUCGGGGCGAGAAGCGCGCGCUGCCGCCGGACAGUUCGCCAGGCAUGGCGGGCACUGGGGGCGGCGUCGUCGCUGCUACUGCCCCUGGAGCUGCCACCUCCCCACACCCGCAUAAGAAAGCCAAGGAGAAAAUGCCGGAUUUUGACUGGAGUGCAGAUAACUAUGCACUAACCUGGCGACUUGUUGAGGAACUGCGCAAACCAGAGAAUAAAAACGUCCUGUUUCCUGAUCACGAGAAUAUGGCUGUUAAGAACAGGGCCUUUGGGACUACCGGGAAAGAAAAAAAUUACUGGAAAAUAGCUGGGGUGUUUGCUCUUCCUCUGGAGACUCUACACCCCGGUGAUACGAAAGAGGACGUCUAUCGUCGGAUUGCAAAAGUCGUACAUCCCGAGGCUUACGCUCAGGACCCACAGAUCGCUGGUUCCCGCAUGAAAAACAAAAAUGUUGCGAUGUGGAAGGAGUACUCCGGAUAUUGUCGACGGCUGCAGGAGCUAUGUGCGACUCACCGUGUCGUUAUUCCCGCUGCCGGACCUGACGAAGGGUUCCCACACGAAAUACUAGCAGAAUGGAGGAAAAUUUUGAUCUCUAUGCCCGCCUUCCAAGCUCUCCGCAGCUUCAUGCCCGUGCGUCCAGAAGAGAAACCGAAGACACCGACCGUUAAAGUACAGCGCGGCGUGUCCAGCAUUCCACAGGCUCCGCCUGAGGAAGAGCAUGCCGUUGAGCACCUCCAUAACGGCGUUAACUCGGUCUCAUCUUUUGGCCCUGUUCAGUCGCCUUCACCUUCAGUAAAGCGAGGGUUGGAGAGUCUAGCUGGAGGCACCGCGGAGGGCCAAAAGGUUACAGUCAAUGGAUCCGAUGCUCAUAUUCAAUCGUCUACCAAACUUAGUCUCGCUGACUAUCUUGAGCUACGCCGCUCGUACCAUGAGGAUGUACGACUGGGCAUAUUCUCACCUUCUGAGAUUAAGAUUCGCAUCGAGAACUUGGAUAAACAGAGGACCCAAGCCGAUAGUUCGCGCUUGAUGAUGCCUCCGCCUUCAUCUGCCGCCUCUACGACGUCGACAUACAGCCAGUCUAUGACACCGCAAUUUCAACCUCGUGUCGUGACGCCUGACCCGAUGCAGGAACAAGUAUACGAGGAGAAAGCAAUGCUUUUGGGGUUCCGGAAACCUUCACACCCGAAUCCCCUCUCUCGUCUGACCAACAAAGAAUUUUUCAAGGCGAUUCUGGACCAUGCAGCAGAGUGCGAUAUGCAGGAAUGCCGUCUCGACAAUAGGCGUAUGACACCACAAUUAAGCUUCGUCCCUUCUCAUCACCCACACGAAGCUCAAGUUCACUUUGACAUCGCACUCAUGACACGCACUGGACCAGUGCCAUUGGCAAAUCACCCACUCGCUGCAUCCAUUCGAUGCCUUGUACGCAACCCGAUUCAUGUCUUCGACAUUCCACUAGUGAUACACAAUGUACCACCGAGCUGGGAUACGACUCCUUCCGAAUAUGCGCUCGCGGUGUCCACUGCCGCACUGAGUCGCCGCCUUACGAUAGAGGAAAUUAAAUCUGUGCAGUCGCAUCCACACCUCGUAACGGUCGACCAUGCGACUAGGCGGCAAUAUCAACUGCUUAACGAAGCUUCAACAGUCUUUGAUGUGUUGCGUUUGGGGUGGUUGACCCCCAAUGGCUGGACACCUAUAAACCAAGUGGACGAACCGAUGGACCAUCCGGUCGCGCAACAGCAUUGAACGAAACGAAUAACGAUAACCUACGUUCUUCUUGACCAAGGCCUUUUCAGCGGUGAAUAAAUGAGUAUAUGAGGACCAAUGCCUUUUUCAACUACGAUUCGCUUGAUCUGUUUUGCUUUGAUUUUGUGGAUGCGUGCUCAUGCUUUCUUCCUUUUAAUCUAUUUUGUGCUCUUUUCUCCUGUCUUUGGACAGAUAGUGUAUGCCCUGUGCUUUCCGACAAAAAAAUAUGAAAGCAAGUUGGAGCCUGUGCAAUUGCUUUUCUCUUUUUUUCUUUCCUUGAAGAGCAUAUGCGGAGGCUAUCAACUCAUACUGGUCUGCAUGAUAUUCAACCAAUUUUCAACAGUCUUCUUCCUCCCCUCUCCCCUCCCCUCUUUGAGCUAUUCACGUCCAUCCACACAAAUAGUUUUUGACCUGUGUGUCAUAUUGUGUUGAAUGUUUCCCAUUCACCCCCCACUUUGAGUGCUUUCUAAUUGCCUUGGGGUUGCUUUACUUAAUGCACUUUGAUUUUGGAAAUGGUUAGAGAUUUGGAGUUGGAGCUGGAUACAAUGUUAAAAUAGGCAGGGAGAUGAAGAGGUGCAAGAAAUAGAAGGGAGGUCAUUUGAAUGCGUUGAAGAG